AACCCUAAAACUGAUCAAUACAGGAACCUAGUCGUUUUGAAGAGACGGCUGCCUGGUUUCGGUCCCAAUCUUUGACAACCACCUGGUUUCGGUCUGAAUCUUUCCAUUUCACUAUCACAGGCAAGCUUUGUUUCUGUUUACUCUUAUUAUUGGUUUGCUAACAACUGCUAAAACCUCUUCAGAACCCACAUAAUGAAAACCCUAAUAUCACUUUACUUGAAGAACUCUCUGCACCUUAGGAAACCACUGAUUGCAUAUUCGAUUUCUCUCCAUUUCUUCUCUACUACUUCUUCUUCUUCUUCUAGCUCAAAACCUAAAAUUCCCUUGGCUGAUUACUUAAUCAAAAAGCAUAGUUUCUCUCCUGAAGCCGCCUUAAAAGCCUCCUCCCUCCAAACUCACCUAACAAAUACUAAAAAUUCGGAUUCUCUACUGUCAUUUCUCAAAGAAAGUGGUUUCCCUAGUUCCCAUAUUGAGAUAAUGAUUGGAAAGGCACCUCAGAUCCUCUCUUUCAAUCUUGAUCAUAAUAUUAAGCCCAAGUUUAAGAUUUUGCUAGACUUGGGAUUUUCAUCAACGGAAAUUGUCGAAAUAUUAACUGCUUAUCCCUGGGUUUUGACAAGAAGUGCGGAUAAUACAAUUCUACCGUCAAUUUCGGCGUUGAAGAGUGUUUUAGGAUCCAAUGCUACUUUUGUUAAGGUUGUAAAGAGAUGUGGGUGGUUUCUGACUUGUAAUUUGGAGAAGACUAUGAUACCUAAUAUAGAAAUUUUAAAGAGUUGUGGGAUUGCCAAUUCGCAGAUUGCUAGAUACACGUAUAGUUUCCCUAGAUUUUUUCUCCAUAAGCCUGAGAGCAUUAGGAAUUUUGUGAAAAGAGUUGAUGAAAUUGGAUUUGAUAGGAAAUCUAAGAUUUAUCUUCCUGCUAUUCGAGUAAUAAGUUCAAUGAACAGGGAGCUUUGGGAUCGAAAGCUGAAUCUUUUCAAGAGAUUGGGAUACAGUGAUGAUCAUAUUCUUUCAAUGUUCAGGAGCACACCCCAAGUAUUUUCUGUAUCUGAGAAGAAGACCGAGGAGAUAACCAAAUUGCUGCUUCAAAGAGGGAAUGUGGAUAUUUCACUUAUUGUUAACAACCCUGUACUCCUUCUAUGCAGUGUGGAGCGCAAGCUAAAACCUCGGCUAGAAGUUUUCGACUUACUGUCAAGUAAGAAUUUAAUUCAAAAGGAAACCAGUUUGGUUUCCAUUAUAAUGUCAUCUGAAACAAAGUUCAUAGAGAGAUUUGUGCUUCCUUAUUCUGAUGAGCUUGGAAAACAUAUUUAUUUUAGGUUACAAGUCCUCAAAAAAUGAAAUAAUAUUAUAGAUUUAAAAUUGAUCUUUUGAUAUUUGAGGGGCUGAUUUAUAUGAAAUUAUAAUUUUGCUCC